UUUGACACCACGGCAAAUGAACUUGUCGAUCUCUUUCAGACCUUGUUAGAUAAGAAUGCGGCUCAUGAAGAACAUAUCAAACAACUCGAACAAGAUGUCGAGAAAUAUGCUUCUGCUGCUACUAAAGUCAGAGAUUAUGAAAUUCGAGUAGAAUAUCUAGCUCUUAAAUUAGAACAGGUUUCUGAAGAAAGAGAUUAUUUUGAAAAGGAGUUGAAUGAACUUGCUGAAAAAAGACCUCAACAACAGCAUCAACAUGAUAUUGUGAUUGAAGAAGAAAGAAAACUACAGAACCAAAAUAACGAUGCUUAUAUUGCAGAUAUUUUGCAUGUGUAUGAAGAAAUCUCAGCUGAAAAUGAACCAGCCAACCAAGACAAUAUGGAGAAACAACUAGUUGAACACGAUAAAGGAAUUCAAAUUACCAUGAUGAAGUACUUGGCUGAUUUAGAAACACAGCGUCUCGAGACAAAGAAUUUGCAAGAAAUCGUGUUAAAGCAAGACGAACUGAUUACUAAACUUGAACAGAAAUUGGAUGGACAACCUGCAGACGAAUUGUUAAAGGAACAAGUUGAAGUACAGCGAAUUGAGCUUGAUAAUAAGCGAGAAUUAUUAACUCAAUUAUUGAAUGAACGAGAAGAUUUGUUGAAAAGAUUAAACAGCCAAAAGAGAAGAUCUUCUAUUGAGUUUAUUUCUCACAUGCUUCAAGAUGAUUCAGUACAUAAUAACCAUAGAAACUCGUAUUCCUCUACUUCAUCAAAAAGUAGUGGUAGAGGUACACCACCUUUAACUGCACCACCAAAGCAACCAUUACCACCAUUACCACCUGUUCUUUAG